AUGCCGGAAUGGCAAACACAGCACACCACCGCCCCCCUCCCCACCCCCUCCGACCUUUCCUCUUCUUUUUCGCUGCGCGCCCCUCCCGCCACUGACCUGUGGGCCUCGCCCCCGGGCACCUGCAUCUUCACCGCCCCGUUCAUCUACCAGGCGAUGCCCUUGGCCUCCUUCCGAGGGGCCCGCGUCACCAUCGCCGCGGGGCUAGCUGAAAAACCCUACGCCCAGGCCGGCCUGGCUCUGCUGCUCCCGCAGUCCGACGGCCAACGCAGAUGGGUGAAAACCGGUCUCGAGGUUCUGGAGGGUAGGCGGGUCCUGGCGACGGUGGGGCGGGAUCGGUGGCCGGAUUGUAGUCUUGUGCCGGCGGAUCAUGAACUGGGUAGGGUGACGAUGGAAUUGAUACGUCAGGAGAACAAUCUUAUCGUUAGCCGCGUGAAGCGGACGGAAAAUGGGGAGGGUGAGAGGGAGGUUCUCCAUUUGAUUCAGGAGGAGUGCUGGGUUGGGGUCUUUGUUGCGAAUCCGUCUGGUGAGGCGGAUGCUUUUGAUGUGUGGUUUGAAGGGCUGGCUGUGGAGGGAAUGGAGGAUGGGCUUUGA